AUGACAAAAAAAAAAAAAGGUGAAGAAACUAAGAAGCUGUGUAACACGUUUAAGAUCCGUAUUUUCCCAAUGAAAACUCAUUCAUAAUUUCAAAUACAGUUUGCGCCUGCGCCAACGCUUUUUCUUGGUAUUUGGUGGGUCUGAGACGGAGUCGAGAUACUUGAGAAAACUAGAGAAUGAGUGGUAGAAAUAAGUGAGAUCAAACUCUGUUAGUUUAUAUCUAUAUUUAUGUUUGAUUUCUGAUGAACAUGUAGAAAAGCAUGAACUUAGGUUCUAGGUUUUUACCGUCAUGUCUUUCUUUCUAACAAUUAUUGGCAAUUCUAUCGUCAUUUACGCCUUUUGGACUGCCCCGAGCAUAGCUCCUCUCUCAAGAGUUUUCUUUAGCAAUCUCACUGUGUCUGAUUUGCUUGUUGGUUUGGUCGUCCUGCCGCUCUCUGCAGUCUUUAGGGCAAGAAUUUUGAUCAGAAUAAACAAUCAGAGUAAUGAUUAUAAUAGUAACCUGGAGUGCGACAUCAGCAAGACAGUGGGGUUCUUCGCUCUAUUUCUCUCUGGGGUAUCCCUCAACUCUAUCGCAGUCAUAGCUGUGGAUAGAUAUCUUGGGUUCUCACUUCAUCUACAUUAUCACGCGUUGGUAACCGCAAAGAGAGCACUCAUCGUAGUGGCAAUUGUCUGAGUUUAGUCUUUGCUUAUGACUCUGGAAUCAAUGGUUGUUUUUUUUAAAAUGAUAUUGUUGAAUCUUUUCUUAUAGUAUUUAAAAUUGCAAUCGCUAGAUGCGCUUACAGUAAGAUUUACAAAAUAGUGCGUCAUCGUUAGAGUCAAAUCUUCGACCAAGCUGAAAUUAGGAAUCAAAAUAACCAAUUGGUGUGAUUAUCGCGCGCGAGUAAGCUGGCCUUUAAUGUACUGAGGCAUCUAUGACAUCAUCUCUCCUUUUUUCCGAAAGUGACCUAACCCCCGGUCGUUCAUUAGCCUUGGGCACGAGUGUAUCAAUUUCUAUAAUUUUGUGUAAUUCUUGCGUAAAUCCAUCGGUGUAUUGCUGGAAAAUUCGUGCGGUUCGCGUGAGAGCCAUCAACCUUCUGACGCGUAUACUUCCAGGAUGGAAUACUCGAAAGCAGAUCUAGAAAGAAGAAUAUUAAAAGUACUUUGUUACAAGAUAUUUAACAGGCGAACACACUGCGAAGCGUUUGUUUUAAAUAACUGGAAAGAAAAGUUGUAAUUGUUAAUAGAAAAAUGUGAAAAGCGCUCGUCUUUUAAAUAAGUAACAUUUGGUGAAUCAACGUUUAAUCGCUAAAUAUAGAGUCACCAUGAAAUUUCAGCACAAUGCUGUUAAAAGUAGACUUAAAUUUUCGACUGUUAUACUGCCUGUCUUAGUAGAGUAUUGAGGCUGAAUGAUACGCAUUGCCUACAUGGCUAGCUGCUAUGGGAAUUGAUUUAUCAAUAGAUCUAGAGUGGGUGUGGUUGCGCUACAAAAUCUAAGAGCCACCUUAACUUAAAGGUGACUUCAUCAUCGUCCUGAUCUUUUUUAUCAAUUGUCAUCAUUGCCUCUAAAAUUGGAAAAUUUCAUAACAUUUCAGCUUUCUUUUAAUCUCUAUUAAUGUCAUCCAUGUCUCUGUGUUAGCAUUAGCCUACUAGCUUUCAUAAACUAUAGAAGCUCACAUGAAAUGAAUGCGAAAGCGAUCUUCGCAGUAAUAAACACUUCUUAAGCAGUAGUGAAAAUAUGACCUGAAAAAAAAUUCAGGCCUGUACGGGAUUUGAACCUAUGACCUUUGAGAUACCGGUGUAGCGCUCUACCAACUGAGCUGACAAAAAGCCAACUGGGAGCUGGUCAGUAUGUUGGUUAACAAUGAGCCCAUGAAAUGAUGAAUAAAUGACCUUUUUCAGGCCUUAUUUUCACAACUGCUUAAAGCUCAUAUGGUUUAAUAACUAUGAAGGCGGGAUAAAUGUUAUCAGUCAACAUUCCGUUUUGCAUAUUUAAGUCUAGACUAGCAUAUUUAAUGAAAUUAAUGUGUGCAUUGUGAGGUAGUGUAAUUUAAUUGACGUCAGUGUUUUCAUACCGCCAAUUCAUUAUUGCGUUCACGAGACUCGAAAGGUUUAUCCAUCGUUGCCAUAUUGUAUCCUUUAUAGCGAAAGCCACUGGGUCCUUUACCCGUCUCUAUGUCUCCAUUGUGACGCUUCUCACCGCUACCUUUGUUGUUUGUCCACUUACAUUUACAGUCGCUGAUUGAAAUUUGUAUCCCGACACAUCCAUGACCCAGCUAUCGUCCCUCCGUCUCUCAUUCCUGGCGCGAAAAAGAUCUUGUAUUCAGUCAAUGCUCUGGAAGUCAGGAACAGUACCGCAUUAUCGACUACUCUCCCACAAAGAGACACCAGCAAGAGCAAAGAGCAAAUACCUACCCGUUUGAGCAGCUCCGUUUUUUCAUCCAUUCGGGCCUUAUUCUCUUUGCGUUAACCUUAUGGGAGAGCCAGAAUAUCGGUCCACUCAUACGCACCCACUACCCGGUCGGUGUCGUUUUGUGACAGAGCAGAAGCAACGACCCUCUCAUGGGAGAGCAUAAUAUAUUUGAAUAAAGGGGUGAGUCUCUAAAGAAACUGUGUUGCUGCGUCGGUGGAAAAGUAUAACAACUUAAUUUUGUUUUAUUGACUGAGUUGAUAACGUAAUUUGGCCACCGUAAAGAGUUUCCAAGGCGACGUUUCAAGCGUUAGCACUUCGUCUCUCGCUCAGACGAAGGGCUAACGCUGGAAUGUCAGCUUUGAAACUCUUACUGUUGCAAAUUUACGUUAUCGACUCAGUUGAUAAAACCUUAUUACCUUAUCAUUUAUCUGAUCAGACGAAGUGGCUAAGCUUUGUUAUUAUAUCGCUGGCAGUGCCCGUGGGAAGUAUGAAGUGAAUCCUGUUCUCUGAUUGGCUAUCUAAGCGGGCAAGAUGGCCCAUCACGAUCUUGGCGAUGUAGUCGCAAAAAAACUCGACAGAGGGAGGUUAAAACAAAGAAAACAUAAACAACUCACCCGCGUUUGCUUUACUACAAACACAGUUGGCCUUCUCGUCCGGUUCUCUCAUAUAUGUUUUUUGCAUUCACCUUUCACAAAUGAUCACUGCUAGAGUGGAAAAAAAAAAGGUUGCAGUCUCUUUCAUUCAAUAAAUUUUGCUUAUUGCCUGUAAAUUUUUAUGACACUGAUGCCCUAAUAUUGUCAUAGUGGCAAAAGUUGUAAGGAAGAUACAUGGGUUGAACUCAAAUCAAAGUAAAUGAUUAUUUAAGAAAAUUAUUUGCACAAGUUGUGGAAUAAAUAUACUUUUAAUUGUAUUUCAAUCUGGGUACUUGUCCUGAUAAAAUGUUAUACGAUCAGACAUAUAAAUAAUAAAAAGUAAAUAAAUUUCUUUACUUGCCCAUAACACAUUAUAUCUUUGAUUAUAUAAAACAUGGGCAUUCUCCAUUUUAUACAAAUUUUAUGUGAUUACAACUUUAUUCACAUGUCCAUAAUAUAACUUACAACUUGAAUCAUGCUUAAAUUCUCCAUUUUAUACAUUCAUGGACUUAAAUUUAUAGACACAAUAGGGAUAGAACAUCAUCUUUGUUCCAAAAGGAACACUUCCAACUCCAAUUUCCUCUUUUUUAGCUUAAGAUUUUCCUGCUUUAAAAUUAAUGCUUUGUACUGGGCCUCAAGAACGUCGUCUUGUGUUGUCUUUCUUUUACUCUUUUUUUUAUGAUGAUUUUCUUCUUUCGGUGUAUUGACCACUUCAUCAUCGAUUUCGUGGGUGUUGGCUUCAUCUUGCUGCACAGCUUCUUGGAGUUCUUUAAACAGGUCUUCAUUCACCUCAAUUGUUUCCAAUUGAGCAGCUACUUCCGUAGGUUGGUUUGCUUCAGGGCCUUAAAAAAACAUCCCCACAUAUUACGGUCGAAAAAAGUGACUUCUUGUUUAAAAUUACUUGUCAUCAGUUCAAAGGUUCAAAGUAAAUCAUGACCGAAAUGACUGGUCUAAAUUCACUGAAAGUACUGGCUGUUCAGUUCAAGACAGGUCUCUUUCUAGGAAGCUUUGAGGGAGUCUUGAAGAAAUGGUAAGUCUAAAAGCUUUUACUCAAAGCUUCUGCAGUUUUAGGAAUAUUUGUUAUUUUUGUGCUCGCCGUGGGUUGCGUGACAAAUAGUGUAACAAAUAUGAUAAUCAAAGCUAAUAAAGGCAGUGUUCACACUUGGUGCCCGGGCACCGUGCCCGGGUUCUAUUCUACGCCGGGCACCAAUGUGAACACACCUUUUUUCCUGAUACCCACGCCAGAAUUCGGGCACGGUGCCGGUGCCCGAGUACAAGGUCUCGACCAAGGUCUUACCAAACAUAGUCGAAACGACUGGCUAAUCGAAAGGGUGCUCUGUAAGUUGGAUAACAGUGCGAUUUCAAUUGUUGAUUAUAUGUUAAAGAAGAUGACAUUUCUGUGUCAAGUGUAAAUCUCGUCAGCCAUUUUUGUCUGAAUGAACAAAGAUCUUAUUUGACUCAGGGAUUAAUAAUAUAAAAAGACCUCUGCCGCCCGUUAAAUUUCUCUAGUUUAUUACACCCAUUUUGAAAUCACUGGUGGUCCCAGUAAUCUGAUUGGCCCUAAUUGGUGCGAUUUAUUCACGAAUCGCACCAUUUUUUGCUUUAAAUCGCAUCAUUUUCCCAGCCAACGAGGAGGCUACACUGAAAACAAAACAACCAAUCAGAUUUCAAAGCUUAUUUAAAGUAACCAAUGUAAUUGCAGGAAAGUGAAAGACAAAGAGUAUCAUUAGGGCAAAUUUUGCAACCUUUGUUUUCAAAAUUCUUGUUUUUCCCCCCCCAAAAUGGAUGAAUUUAAUUUCAAACUAGCUUAGUAUUGCAUCAAUAAAAUAUUUGAACUGACCAAGUCCUGUACUUGGGCGAUUUCAAAAUGGAUGUAAUAAAGUGGCAAUUGAACAUUGUGCCGUGUAAUUUUGGUCUGAAAUCAUACUUGUAAUUUCAAAUCGAAGUCGCGCUGUGUGCUUGUUCGAUUUUGAAAUCACACGUAUGAUUUCAGUCCAAAUUGCACUCCACUCAGUUCAAUUAACAUUAUUUAUCAGUUGUCACCACAUAGAUUUUCCUGUUAACUAUAGAUUCCUCGAUGUAGUUGUUGAGAUACUAAUAUUGUUAUCUACCGUAAAAGUUUCUGAAUAAUUUAUUUAGUACUUAAUCUCUUUAAAAAAAAACACUUCUCGUGGACAAAAUAUACCCAGUUACAACUGAGUUGAAAGUUAAUGCGGUAUUGAGCAAAAUUUUUUAGAAACUUCUAUACACCAGUUAUUAUGUCAAAAACCGCAUCAAGGCACCAAAAAAUUUGAAAGCAAAUAGAACUGCAUUAAUUUUCAACUCAGUUGUAACUGGACAUAUUUUGUCUGCGAGAAGUGUUCUAUUUGCUUUCAAAUUUGUGAUGUCUAAACUCUGAGCAUUUCGUUUCGUUUCCUUCGAUGGAAACUAUUUUGUUUCAUCACUCUAUAGCUCGCAGCCAUCGCCGAUUAUCAGUUGUUAUCACUUAAAUGUUAUAUUCGACGAUAGAAGCCUUGAUGCAGUUGUUGACAUAAUAACUGAUGUCUAGAAGUUUCUGAAGCAUUUAGUGAGUAUCGCAUUAAUUUUCGACUCAGUUGUAACUGAGAAUAUUUUGUCUGCGAGAAGUGUUUUUUUCAAAGAGUGUUUUUUUCAACGGUAGAUAACAAUAUUAAUAUCUCAACAACUACAUCGACGAGUCUAUUGUUACCAUGAAAGUCUAUAUGAUAACAACUGACAAACUAGAAAAAUUUAACGGACGGCAGGGUCAUUUUUUAUUAUAACAUAGCGCGUAAAUUUGUCUAAUAAAAUUUAAUUGCGUGAGCGUGUUUCAUAUUCCUAUUGUGCACGCUCAUGACGUCGCAAACAAAUCCCUCGAGAAUUUUGUAUUCGAUCAGAAAAUAAAGUUGAAAUCACCUGUCAGUUUUACGACCAAUCUAAGAAAAGAUCGUUAACAGCGUAGCGAAAUGUUUUCCUGAAACAAAAUUAUCAACGCGCUGAAGGGAAGUUUGGAGAACACUCAAGAAGCUAGAGUUGCUCGAGGCGUAGCCGAGAGCAACUCUUACGCAUCUUUCGUGCUUUCCAAACUUCCCACGUGCUUCACAUCUCGAUGAACGCAUGCCGACGAAUGAACCAAUUGUUAAUUUUAAAUCUCUGAAUCAAAUAAGAUCUUUGUUCAUUCAGAAAGAAAUGGCUGACGAGAUUAAUACUUGACGCGCAAAUGUCAUCUUCUUUAACAUCUAAUGAACAAUUGAAAUCGUACCGUUAUCCAGCUUUCACUGCAUCCUUUCAAUUAGCCAGUCGAUUCGGCGGCUAUGAUUGGUAAGAUAAAUAAUAAAAAUCUCCAAAUUUUAUGUAAAUUAUUCAAUAUCAUCCCCUUGUUGACUUCUGAUGAAAACGCCUGCGACACAAUUACAAAGCUAAGGAGUACGCACACCUUAGACGAGGUCAUCACCAGAAAAUCAAAAUGAAUUUUGCUCUGUGUGCUGAACUUAUCGUGUUAUUAAUGUUCGAAGUCGUAUCUUCUCAAGCAUUUGUUUGUAAGAAAGCAUCUCUUUCUUGUCCUGUGAUAACUUACAAUCAUCGCCGACUUAAAGGCUUCACGUUCAAAACAAUUCACCUUGCAAGCCUGAUAUCCUGUGGUUUGCUAUGUCAGAGAGACCCUCGAUGCGUUUCAACAAAUUUCAGAAAAGUUUUCAAAAGUGAAGGAACCUGUGAGUUGAACGACAGAGGAGUUCUCCUUACUGGGAAAGGAAACGAAUUGGAAUACGACGAAGAAGCAAUUUACACUCAAUUUUACGACACGAAGGUAACAAAAAAAAUCUCGAUAAAAGACCAAGAAGAAGGUGUUAUUGACUCCUCGAGACACUUGUCUUUCAUUUGUGGUAUCUUUCUCAUAAAAUCGUCAUAUUUCGACGACAGAUGUGAAAACUUUCCAUCUGUCAUAUUUUUUUCUUUGAAUGUUUUUAUCGUUUGGUCCUAAAGUAGUUUGACGUGUAUGCGGGUAAAAUGGUGAUUUUUCAUCUUCUUCCUUUAGAGGCGAAUAGACUACAUUUCAUUGAGUGCUGAUAAUCAAAAUGGUCUAUGGUCAUUCAAAGUAAAAUAAGCAAUUUUUCCAGAUAACUGGUAAUUCAAAUCUCAGUAUCAUUGGAUUCAAUGUAUGCAAACUGCUCCGAAGCUCAAUAAAGUUAAAUAUUUUUUAAGUUGAAAGUUCUUAAAUAAAUUGAGGUGGACCGAAAGUAGGUUAUACGGAUUUAGUACACAAAAUUCAGUAUAAAAUUUAGCUUGAAGCUAAAACUUUCAAGAUGUAUCUAAAGGCCUUCAAUUAGCUCACUUGUGCAGUCUCCAUUCGUCGAUGAACCCGGAAGACUAAGUGAUCUUCCGAUAAAAUAAAAAAUGAAUGAUUUUUUGUUUUCAGUACCACUGUCAGGCCUUCAAAGAAGAUCUAAAAGUCGUCAACUGCAAAUGUAAGUAGCGUUGGUUUGAAGGGUAUCCUUGAGAUUAAAGUCAACGACUUCGUGGUUAAAUUACAAUGAGUUACUUGUCCCAGCUGCUUCUUGUCUCUCCGCUAAUAGGUGCGGAGUCUGCCGUCCUCGCGAACCUUCGCGGACCCUCACAAACAUUCCCGAACCUGCUUGAAACAUUUCGAUUCUUACAUUUUCCUUAAAAGUCCUCGAAUGUUGUCAAAAAAAUUGCCAAGGAAAAUGUUGCCUAGUUUACUUCUAAAUUAAAGUAAAAAUCAAGGCUUUAAUUCCCAUGAGUGACCAAGACAGAAUUUCUCCUUACAAUAACCAUACAAUAUCAAUCAGACAGGUGAUGAGAAUAAUGAAGAAUAUAAGUUUGAGGAUUUUCUAGUUGAUCCAGUACCAAAUUCUCAGAACUAGCAUCAUAAGAGUUGUAUAGCAGACAGUAAGGAGAAUUACUAAUGAGAUUUUGGGCACUAAAGGGUAAAGGAAACAAGAACCUACUGAAGAGGCCGAGGACACUCACUGCGUUAUUCACAAUUUCAAAUGCCGAUGUGCCUACCAAAUACACCGCGAAAACAUGAUAGCGUUGAGUCAUCAAUGGGAAGCAAUUUAAACAAAUCCAGAAAAUAGACAAGGCAAACUUCAGGGAUCCAAAAACGAUUGGAUACUCCAAAGGUGCCGCGAAUUUUCAUUUGUAGUAGAGCUUCGACCAUCACUUGUAAGUCGGAGAGAUUUAACUCACGUGAAAGUUUUUAUCGUUAUCAAAUUUUUUUUAUCAUAAUGCUUGAGAUAAAGUGGGAGGGUGAGACUGCACUUACUUUUACAUUUCUAUUCAAACGUUUUCAAAAUCCUCCUUUUAUUUCUAUUCAACCGUUCUCAAAAUCCUCCUUUGUUCUAUGAUAAACAAAUCAAUGUCCGUGCGAUUGCAUUUGUCUGUCUCAAUUUCAGGUGCGGAAUCACCAAAAGCCCCAGUUCCCCUCGGCAUGGAAAGCGGUGCUAUUUUUGACUCACAGAUCACCGCUUCUUCCGUGUAUAAUGAUAACCUUGCCGCACGGAAUGCUAGAUUACAUUUUAAAGGAUCCGAAAACCCGCUUAGACGUGCUGGCUGGGUACCUGGAGUGAAAAACACUAACCAAUGGCUGCAAGUGGAUCUUCAGCAAACCACAAGGGUAAUAGGCAUAGCGACGCAGGGGAGACAUGAUUUCGAUCAGUGGGUUACUAAAUACAAGCUGCAAUAUGGCGAUGAUGGACAAACUUUCAGAGUUUACAAGCGGAACGGAGACAUAUCAGACACGGUAUGAAAAAUAUGCUUAAUUGAAAAAACCUUUUUGCGGAGAAAAAUGUCCCCCAUGAGGAAUAGAACCUUUUUGUAUUCUGCAUUCUAAUUUUCUUCCACUGAGCCACAAAGCAGUUACACUAGGCUGGGCCAUAUACUCUCUGUCAUUGAACCAACAGAAAAGCAUUCACGAAAGUUAUAGGUUAAGAGUAACUCGUACUGUAAAACGUACGUGCGUACUUACGCUCGUUAAUUUUACGCCCAAAUAUAUUCUACUCAGGUUUUUCCAGGAAACAAGGACAGAGACACAGUAGUUUACCACGAUCUUAACCCGCUCAUUUAUGUUCGCUUUGUUCGAGUUCUUCCGAUGGAAUGGAAAGGGACAAUCGCUAUGAGGAUUGAGCUUUAUUCUUGUUAA